AUGGAGGACAGCGCAGCUCAUGAAUCCUACAAGCUCCCGACGGACCCUGUAUAUGGCUUCGUCGGGAUCGGUGUGAUGGGAUAUGGAAUGGCAAUGAACCUCCGCACCAAAAUCCCCGAGACAGCCAGGUUUGUGCUGUGUGAGAUCAACGAGACACGAAGGGAGCAGUUUCUCCAGGAAUGUAAGGCUCCUGUGGAAGUAGCACAGUCGCCGCGCGAGGUGGCCGAGAAGGCUGACAUUAUAAUCACUAUGCUGCCACGAGCACCGCACGUCCAGGAUGCCUUUACAAACCCCGAGACAGGCUUCCUGGCGGGACUGUCGUCUUCGUCGUCCACACGACUGUUCCUGGAAUGCUCCAGCAUCGAUGUCGCAACAUCAACAGCUCUCGCAAAGAAGGUGGCUGCCACAGGACUGGCCAUCUUUGUCGACGCUCCCGUGUCCGGAGGACCUCAGGGGUCCAACGCAGGCACCUUGACCUUCAUGGUUGGAACACCUAACGAGCGGAUUUUCGACGUCGUCAAGCCAAUUCUGGCCAUGAUGGGUAAGGAGGACAAUAUCUACCAGUGUGGAGGAUUAGGUGCCGGCCUCGCGACGAAGCAGUUGAAUAACUAUUUGGGCUAUGUUGGGUAUCUGGGGCUUUGUGAAGUGAUGAAUGCCGGUACGCUGUACGGCCUUGACCCGAAAAUUCUAUCAAACGUCAUCAACGCUUCGUCCGGCAUGAACUGGAACUCCCUGCACCACAACCCGGUCAAGGGAGUCAACCCCGCGGCUUCGUCAGCGCGAGAUUUCAAAGGCGGCUUCACAACCGAGCUGGCCGGUGGCGUCAUCGACGACGCCGUGGCCCUCAUGGACUCUGUCGGUGCCAGCACAGUCCUCGCCGAGCCGGUGCAGAAGGUCUUUGUCGAGGCGAGGAAGAACGACAAGUGCAAGGGCAUGGAGGCGAGGAGCGUGUGGAAGCUCUUCGCUGAGGACGGCGGGAGUGAUGUGCGAAAACUGUAG